AUGGCACCACUUAUCCAGCCUCAUCAUAUUCCAGGCUCCCUUCAUAAUCGACAAAAUUCCGGAGCCGCACCGCAAGUAACUAUCGUCGUUACCCGCGGUCCCAAUAUCUACACAUCAACAAUCCAAUUAGGAUCCAACCAAAAUACCCCUCCUCCCCAAGCAGCCCCCACUACAGCUCCCGAUUCUCCACAUACUACCCAAGCUCCUCCAGACCCACAGCCAACCUAUCCACAAGUCAUGCCCGUAGGUGAGGACACCAAUCGGGAAGUCGUAGCAGGCGCUGUAAUAGGCUCCAUCCUCGGUUUUGCUGUUCUCCUCUUCCUAUACUGGCGUUGGCGUAUUCACUUUCAAAAUCAAUAUUAUGGUACAGAUACAGAUAGCUACUACGACUCUCGUUCUCGAUCAUCGGAUUCAUAUUACUCUUCCGAAAUGCGACAACGGGGUGGUGGAGGGAGUGCGUGGGAAAGACAACAUAAUCGAGUAAGGAAACCGGCCCGGGUGAGAAGGAGUGCGAAGAGUCAUCGUCGGACAAGAGAUGGUGAUAUGGGGUUGAGGUUCGAUGUUAGCGAUACUAGCAGUGAGAGACGGGCGGGGCAUAGAGUGCGAAUGAGGAGGAGUAUUAGAGAGGGUGAUAGGCGAUGGACUUGUUGCAAUAUAUUCUUUGGGCCGCCAAAAAGGAGCAGAGGGCCCUCAAUUCAUGCUUGGGGCAGUAAUAGAUAUGGAGACAGUAAUUGGGGCGAAAGCAGAAGGUCUGGGAGGAGUGAGAGGAGCGACAGAGAUAACAUGUCGACGAUUGAUGAUUGA